UUUUUCUGAAAGGUUGGUUUUAGGGUUUUGUUUGUCGGAUCAUCCACUUGUAUGUAGGUAAGGGAGAACAGAUCGAAAUUUCCAGCUGUUGUACUAUCUUUAGUAUUUGGGCUUUUAGAUGGUGGGUGCGUGAAUGAAUUUGGGGCGAUGCUAGAAAAGUCCCCAUUUUAGUUCGAAAGCAAAAGGGAGGAAAAGAUGCUGGAAAGAGUGGUUCAUCAGGUGCUACUAGGAUAUCUUGGGCGAUAUGUCAAGGAUUUCUCGAGGGACCAGGUGAAGGUCACUCUUUGGAACAUUGAGGUUGAAUUGAAGGACAUAGACCUCAUUCUGGAAGCCUUUGAUUAUCUGCAAUUACCUUUUGCUUUGAAGCAAGGUCGAGUUGGGAGGCUCAGCAUUAAGGUUCCUUGGAGUUUGAUUGGAGGUGAACCCAUUCUUAUUGCUUUGGAGAAUGUUUUCUUUUCCGUAACCCCCAGGGAUGAUCAUGAGUGGAGAAUGGAUGCCAUUGAAACAAGAGAACUUGCUGGCAAGAAGGCUAAGCUUGCUGCCGCUGAGCUUGCUAAACUAUCACUACGUGUUUGUGAUAAUAAAGGAGGGUGGUCAUUCAUUCCCUUUGUUACCACAAAGGUUCUUGAGAAUAUCCAGGUGUCCAUUAGAAAUUUCCAUGUUUUGUACAGUGACAUGCAAUCAAAUUCAGAGCAGGUUUUAUUUGGUUUAAGAUUUUCUAGCUUGACAAUGUUAAAGCAAAAUUCCGCUGGGUUGAAAAUGGGUCAGGUGAGCAAAAUUGUGGAGAUUGAAGGGUUAGAAAUUUAUUGUGGCGUCUCCAAGGAUGUUGGCAAGGAUUUGAGCCUGAGCAAUGUUAGUGUUUUUGAAUCUUGGUUCAAUUCACACUUUGUUGGUGAUAAGCCUGAACAUAUAGUAGAGCCAUUCAACGUAUCACUGUCUCUUUUGGUGAACAGAUCUGGAAAACUUAAUGAUUUGCCUCAGUAUUCUAUCAGUGCUAAAAUGACCUGUUUGGUUGUGUCUUUGAAUGAGAUUCAGUUGCAGCAAAUCUUGAUCCUUUCAGAUUACUUAUCUACAAAUCAGUUACGGGAGAAGUAUGGACGUUAUCGUCCCUGGUCUUGUCCUUUGUCGAGAAAAGAUGAUGGUUGGCAAAGAUUGUGGUGGCGCUAUGCUCAAGACUCUAUUUUAUCAGAUGUCCGUGAGAAAUUAAAGAAGACUUCUUGGAGAUAUUUCGGACAGCGGUUGAGUAAUCGUCGGAUGUAUGUUAAUUUAUACAAGACUAAGUUAGAGUUUCUUCGACAAGACCAGCCAAUUGAUGAAUCUAUAAUUCUGGACUUGGAACAAAUGGAGAAAGAGUCCGAUAUUGAUGAUAUUUUUAGUUAUAGGUCAGCUGCGGAACAUGAGCUGCAGGAAGUUUUAUCAAAGUCUUCAACAGCCAAUUUUUCUGUCGAGAAGUCAAGACAAGAUGGUCAGUCAUUUGAUAAGUCUCGUGGAUGGUUGAAUUGGUUGUCCCGUGGUAUGCUUGGUGCUGGAGGAACAGAUGAUUCUAGUCAGUUCUCUGGUGUGGUUUCUGAUGAAGAUGUGCAGGAUAUAUAUGAGGCAACUCAGUUCUAUUCGCCAGUUUUGUCUGAUGCCGACACAAAUGAUAAGACUUAUACAAGGGCAAUCGAGUUCAACAUAGAUGAAGUUUCUGCAAAAAUAUGGAGCAUGAAUUUAUAUCAAGAAAUUGCAAGGUUGAAUCUCCAUGGCACAGUUAUGAAGUGCAACCUUCAGGAAGAAUUAGUAACUGUGAUUGCUUUUGUUAAUUCAGGAGAGGUGGUUAAUACAAGCAAUGAGCAAAUGAUCCGACUAAUGCCCUGUAUAGAGGAAAAUGUCGGGGAAGAACUGCCUUCUAUCAGAGUUCAAGUAGACUUGUCACCAAGGCGAGAUGUUGAAUUGUCAGUGAAUGUCAUGCUUCAGUCGCUUGAAGUCACUUAUGAAACAACAUUUUUCCAGGAUCUCACAGAAUUUUUCAUUGUUAUCAAAUAUUUUGAAUUUCAGCAUGAAAGGGUUUUAUCUUCGCUUAAUGGCAUUGAAGAUGUUAAGUCCCGAUUGCUAGCAAAAGCUGAAUGCAUCCUAUCGAGUCAUAAGAAGGUGGGAUGGGAUGUUAAUAUCAGCAACGUCAAAAUAAAUUUUCCCUCCGGAAAUGCAGCUUCUGAAGAGUUUAACAUGAUUUUUGAGUUGGGAUCUUUUGUUCUUGCAUCUAAAACGAAGGACACUCUAAGUUCAAGUAUUGAUGGAGAAUCACAUAUCCAGAAGAACUUAGUUGAUUCUGCAUCCAUCUCUGAUUGGUUAACAAGUUGUCAGCUUGAAGAUCUUUACAAUCACUUUGAGAUCAAACUAGUUGAUUUUGAGGUGAAGCUGACGAGGUCUAACUAUCUCCACACAACAUCAAUUGUGGAGAAGUUUUGUGCCUGUAUUACCUUUGCGUCUUGCAUUAUUCCUGAUGAAUCGAGUCUGAAACAAUUCGAGGUUUAUGUUUCUGUAGAAUCACUUGAUGCAAACUUUUCUCUAUCGAUAUAUGAGUCAGUUGUUUCACUGAUAGUUCUUAAUAGACAAUGUUCAAGAUCUGAACCUGUCGUGCUGAGUAACACAAAUUCAAUUCAUUCUGUAGCAAGUCAGCCAGGGGACCCUCCUUUUUCCUUGACUCUAACUGCAAACAUCAAUUCUGCCAAGCUUCUUGUUGAUCUUGCUAAUGAUGGAGAACAUAGCUCUUCCAUCGUGCUUGCUCUAAGAGCUCUAGAUGUGUGGUAUUCUCUCCUAGAGUAUGAGACGUGCCAAGUCUCUUUGAAGGGAAUGAAGGUUACUGCACAUACGAGUGGGGAAACGAAUAAUUAUAUUUUAUGCUCAUCUGGUGAUCUAUAUCCUUCAAAUACUGUAAAUAGUAUGUCUAUUAAACUUGGUAAUGCAAGUGAUAGCCUUUGUCACGAGAAUACAACUACCGAGACUUGUUUUCUUUUAUAUUAUGAAGCUAUUGGAAGUAUAGAUUUCAUAAGUCACAAGCUCACAGUAGACCUGAAUGAUGCUGACCUACAUUGCUAUCCAUGUAUAUUUGGGUUGUUGGCUGGGUUUUAUGAUAGAAUAUGUUCAUUUAGUGCAUGCAUUGGAGCUGAGAAUACUUCGGGCCCCACUUUUGAAGCUAAAAGUACAAAAGAUAUGCCAGGUUUUCAGUACCAACGAUUUGGUUUCUCAAAUUACUCUGAAAUAGGGGCAUCUGAUGACACAAGCAUAUCUAUGGAUUGUUUUCCAUUUGUUACAAUAUAUAAUUACAGUUCCCUUGGUAGUCUGGAGAGUUCACUUCGUUUUUCCGUUCCUGAUUGGAAGAAGUCAUUCAAUUUAAGAGAUAACAAGUUGAGUAGCACAAAUUGCACUUUGAAGAAGGGAUCCAACCAGUUUCAUUCCUCACCACUAAAAUCCAAUAUGGUUACAUUUCCUCUGUCAGAGAGUUCUCCUGAUGCAAGUAUAUAUGCUAUUGACAUCAAUCUCUCGGGUUUUAAACUGCAUUUCCAUGAUUCUUCGUGUAUUGUUGGAACAAUAACACUGCCAACCUCAAAAUCUUCCCUUAGCAUUUAUGAUGAUGGUAUGGAUCUGGUCUCCUCUUCUGGAGGGGUGAUUCUCACAUCAGCAUGUUGGACCAAUAAUUGCCAGAACUUUUUGUGGGGUCCAUCUUCACCUGACCUUUAUCCUAUCUUAAAUAUAUGUGUGAAGCAAAGGAAUUUUGGAUCACUAAGUUCGCAGCUUGAAGUUAGAUUCGGAAUUCAGCAUACAUGUUGCGUUCUACCUUUCAAUUACUUGGCCAUCAUAGUUGGUUACUUUUCACUUCAUGAUUGGAGUUCAAACUCAAGUGUGCAGUCUAAAAGCAAAAGUGUUGAGUGUAUGGAUAACCAAAGUGAAAUUGCUUUCAUUUGUAAAUUUGAGAUUCUGGAAUCCACUUUGAUUAUACCCAUCAUAAGUGAUGACCAUCAGUUUCUGAGGACAGAUAUUCAACGGUUAUAUGGUAGUUUUAUGAAGCAUUGUGUUCUGAGUGAGGUACUGAAGGAUAUCCCUCCUGAAUGUGUGGUUCCAGAAAACAAAAUUGCAAGAUCAAAUAAUUGUCUGAAUAUAUUUGGACGUGGUUUGUCCCUAUCAUUGUUGUUGUUCGAGGAUGAUUGCAUUACGUUUAUUCCAGGUACCAAACCAAGAAAUUUCCCUUUGAUGACACCAUUCAGUGCUGAUUUUUGGAUCAGAAUACCUAGUGAAUUGGAAUGCCUUUCUGCAAAUUAUUCUGCUUACACAUGUAUCAUGUCAAGGAUUGGUGAUUGUCAAUUUUUUAUUGAUGAUUUUUACUUCUUUGAUGGGCUUGAAGCGCUACUGGAAAUCAUAGACCAAUUUUCCCUUCUUCACGAUGAAUCAAAAGCUUACACAUCUGAUGCUUUACAGUUUCUACGGUCAAGGAGGUUGCAAAAGGAAAAUAGGGCAGUUUCACUUGUAGAGUCUUCCUUGACCUUUAUUGAAGUCAGAUGUUAUGUUGAAUCACUCUUGAUAAAAUUGAAUCGCUUGGGGAAAGACACGCUUGAGCCAGUUGCUAAAGCUGAAAUGAACUUUAUUUGCUCCAUGUCUCUGAUAAAUGAGAUGCACAUGAACUUGGUUUUAAAUUUUUUCUCGUUAAAAUUAUCGUCACUGCCAAAUUCGGAUAUACUAGCACGCUGUUCUGAUACUUCCUCAACCACGUCAGUUCUUGAUCUUUCUUUCUCAAAAUCCGAUCCAUACCAAAAUGACUUCUGUAUUUGUCUUCCUUCUCUUAACAUCUGGCUACAUUGUUCCGACUGGACUGAGGUCCUUGACCUUUUUUAUACUUAUGGGCAAAAACUUACCAAAACUACAAAGUUGGAUUCAUUGCCUGGCAGUUCAGCCAUGAAUAGGACUCAUCCAUCUCAUAAUGCAUCAGAACAUGUUCCUCAAAUUUCUGAUAAAGUGUUAAGUGCCUCAAGUAAUGUGCCACUUAGCAUGAUGCAGAAAACAGUUCUUAUCCUGAGGUCUGAAAAUAUUGGCAUUACGGUUUAUUUUCCAAUGCAUGUUUCUGGAGAAAUUACUGAAGUGGUGUUCACUGAGGAAGGCUGGCAGAAUGUUUCUUCUACUGGCACUAAAGGGAAGCAUUGUAAACUUUUGACAUUUACGACACACUGCAAAAGUACUGAACUAAUUAUUUCUGGUAAAAAUGCAAAGUUCAAAUGCAUUUUAGGAAAAACAAGUGGUUCCGUGGGUUCUCAAGGCGAUGAUAAUGCCAACUAUUUGCCUCUCUUCCAUAUAUUUCAAGUUAAUGUGGAUACUGAAAUAUGCAAUAUUCAUAAAAAGGCAGUACAAGCCAAUCUGGGGAUUCAAUGUGACCAUCUGGACAUAUGGUUAUCACAUCAAAUAUUCUUUUUCUUGCGUGAUGUAAGAUUUGAUGUUCCUGGAUCAAGAUCUCAGUAUAACUUUGGAAGUAUGGAGUUCAAGAUCCAGCUAAGGAGGGGCUCUCUUAUGCUAUCUGAUGGAAGGUGGAGUUGUAGUGGACCACUUUUGGAAAUUCUUCUGAGGAACUUACUAUUACGUGCUAGCGUUACUCAAAACAGCAUGGAAAGUGCAGUUGCGUGUGAUCUCCAAGUGAAUUACAAUAAUGUUCACAAGGUCUUCUGGGAGCCUUUUCUCGAACCCUGGAAGUUUGAAAUGGAGAUAAUUAGAAAACAAGAGCUGAAUGCUCUGAUGGACAACUCCCUAAUUACAGAUGUACAUCUCAUUUCAGCAGGACAUCUUAACUUCAACUUUACAGAACCCCUAAUUGAGACUGUUCUCAGGACAAUUGAAAUGAUUAAGGAUGCCUGGGGAUUCAUGGAACGCGGUUCUUCUGAAAAGCAAAGAUUUCUAGACCCUCAGCUCACUGAAAAUAUAUCAGGAGGAAGAUAUGCUCCCUAUAUACUUCAAAACCUGACUUCUUCACCUCUUGAAUAUCAUGUUUAUCAAGGAUUGUCAGAUUCUGAUCAGUUUGAUGUCUCAAAAGAGAAAGAUGGAAAAAUUGUGCAAGCUGGCGCUUCCGUUCCAAUUUAUCUUAAUGACAUACCGGAUGAACAACUUUUUCAUUACAGGCCCACUCAUUCUUCUGACGAUCUCAGAGAGAGACAAUCCAAUGGGGUGGCUCAUCAUUUGAUGACUAUUCAGUUUGAUGGCAUGUCUGUGCCUUCUGCUCCUGUAUCGAUGGACUUUGUUGGACUUACAUAUUUUGAGGUUGAUUUUUCAAAUAAUUCUCAGUAUAAUGUAAAACUGAAAGAAAAUGGUGCAGCUGAUGGAAAGAAUGGUUUUGUUGUACCUGUUGUGUUCGAUGUUUCUGUUCAGCGGUAUAGCAAGCUUAUACGAUUGUACUCAACAGUGAUAAUUCUAAAUGCUAGUUCAAUUCCGUUGGAACUACGGUUUGAUAUCCCAUUUGGUAUUUCACCGAAGAUUCUAGACCCAGUAUAUCCUGGUCAAGAGUUCCCACUGCCCCUCCAUUUGGCUGAAGCUGGUCGCAUGAGGUGGCGUCCUCUUGGGAAUUCUUACCUGUGGAGUGAAGCACACAACCUCUCUGAUCUUCUCUCAUUGGAAGGCAAGAUUGGAUUUCUCAGGUCUUUUGUAUGUUACCCAUCUCAUCCAAGCAGUGACCCGUUUCGCUGUUGCUUAUCAAGUACCUUAGUCAUUAAUAACUUUCUUCCUGAGGCAAUAUCCUUGAAAAUUGAAAGUGGUGGAAUUACCUACGCUACAUUGCUUUCAAAGGUAGUCACUUUCUUUCAUCAUAUUGAUCUAUCACAUGACCUGACACUGGAGUUCAAUAUUUAUGGAUAUAGACCUUCAGUCCUUAAGUUUCCGCGCACUGAAACUUUCAGUACUACUGCUAAGUUCAGUGGAACAAAGUUCUCUCAGUCUGAAACCUUGGCCUUUGAACCUAAUACCUGUAGUGGCCCAAUAUAUGUAACUAUGGAAAAGACGAUGGAUGCAUUUUCUGGUGCUCGAGAACUCUUUGUAUAUGUACCCUUUCUUCUAUAUAAUUGCACACCAUUCCCACUCAAUAUUUCAGAGUUCUCCAAUGAGAUGGACAGAACUGUCUGUACUUUACCUUCCUGCUACAAUCAAGUUGAUAAUGGGCAGUUUCAGGGCUCCAGAGAUGGUUUGAGCCUUUUAUUUUCUGACCAACACUCAGUUAUUGAGUCUCCACAAAAUGAGAGUUUUUCCUGUUCUUUCUCGAAAUAUCGCAUUGUUUCAACUAGGAAAACAUUUGAUCUGCAAUUAGGAAGAUUUGUUAUAAAUCCUUUGAGUUCAUUGUCUCAGAAGCAAACUGACCAACAUGAUUUAGUGGAUCACAAAACAUCGUCAAAUAUUCUGAAGAAUCGAUUGGGUUCAAGCAAUCAGCUUUCAGGGAAUAAUGACUUUGUGGAAAAAGAGUAUGGAAGGGUUAAGGCAUGCACAUAUUCUCCACAUCCUAUUUCUGCUGGAAGUGAAAUUGUGGUUUGCAUAGCUACUUGUAUACGUGGACAUAACUCAGAAAAUAUGCCUAACUCUCCAUGGUCAGGACCUUUUCUUCUUGUCCCACCAAGUGGAUCAACGACUGUACUUGUUCCACAGCCUUCAUCAAAUGCGAUGUUUAUAUUAUCUGUUACAUCUAAUGCUAUUGCUGGAGCAUGUGCUGGGAGGACACGGGCCAUUACUUUUCAACCAAGAUAUGUUAUCAGUAAUGCAUGCAGCAAGGACUUAUACUAUAAGCAGAAGGGGACAGAUAUUCUCUAUCAUUUGGGUGUUGGGCAACAUUCACAGCUUCAUUGGACAGAUACAACAAGGGAUUUAUUGAUUUCCUUGUGUUUUGAUGAACCUGGCUGGCAAUGGUCUGGCAGCUUCUUGCCAGAUCAUUUAGGUGACACUCAAGUGAAGAUAAGAAAUUAUGCUUCUAGUACAAUGAAUAUGAUACGGGUGGAGGUACAGAAUGCUGAUGUUUCCAUCAAGGAUGAAAAGAUUGUUGGAAGUCUACAGGGGAAUUGUGGGACUAACUUGAUUCUCAUAUCAGAGGAUGAUACAGGAUAUAUGCCAUAUAGAAUUGAUAAUUUCUCAAAGGAGAGACUAAGGAUUUACCAACAAAGGUGUGAAUCACUUGAUACCAUUGUUCACCCAUACACUUCUUGCCCUUAUGCAUGGGAUGAACCCUGCUAUCCCCACCGUGUCUCUAUUGAGGUACCAGGGGAGCGUAUGGUGGGUUCUUUUGCUUUAGAUGAUUUGAAAGAAUAUAUGCCUGUACACCUACAGUCUACUUCUGAGAAGCCAGAAAGGAUGUUGCUUUUAUCUGUACAAGCUGAGGGUGCAACAAAGGUUCUCACAAUUAUUGAUUCAACUUAUCAUGUUCUAAAGGACAUGACAGAUCAAAGUAGCACCAGGUUCCAAGAAAAACAAAAUCGAGAGAAACAAGGGAAAUCUGUUGAAUAUAAGGAGAAGUUUUCACUAACCAUUCCUUGCAUUGGUAUUUCUUUGGUUAAUUCUUAUCCGCAGGAAUUACUUUUUGCCUCUGCAAAAAAUAUAAAAAUUGAUCUCUUUCAGAGCCUGGAGCACCAAAAGCUUUCUUGUCAUAUAUCUUCACUUCAAAUAGAUAAUCAAUUGCAUAACACCCCUUAUCCUGUCAUCUUUUCCUUUAAUAGUGAAUACAAAAGUAAUCCAGUUGGCCAGAUAAAGGAUGAUGUCCCAAAAUUUAAUGCUGAAAGGGGACUACUGGUUUCUUCCGACUCUUCUUUUGAACCUGUGUUUUACCUAGCUGUGGCAAAGUGGAGGAAGAAAGACAUUUCAUUGGUUUCAUUUGAAUAUAUAAGCUUAAGAAUGGCAGAUUUUUGUCUUGAGCUUGAGCAGGAACUGAUAUUGAGCUUGCUUUACUUCUACAAAGCUGUCUCUCCAGGUUUUCAGAAUCAAGUCUUGCAAUUUUCUGACCCUACCUUCAAUGUGGGUUUUAUGCAUGGUCAAACAUCUGAGCAUGUGAAAGUAAGGGAACAGCUACAUGGUAUUGAUACUCCUGUGGUCAGUAAAAUUGAUGAAACUGGUGGAUUGCCUUUAAUAGUUCCAAUCGGGGCUCCUUGGCAGCCAAUUCACCGUUUGGCCAGAAGACAGAGGAAGAUUUAUGUGGAAUCAUUUGAUUUGGCUCCUAUAAAGUUUACUCUUAGCUUUUCUAGUUCUCCCUGGAUGCUUAGAAGUGGGGUUCUUACAUCCGGAGAAUCUGUUAUCCAUAGAGGUCUGAUGGCUCUUGCUGAUGUAGAGGGAGCACGAAUUCAUCUCAAGGAGUUGUCAAUCAUGCAUCAAAUGGCGAGUUGGGAAUCUAUUCAGGAGAUCCUGAUUAGGCACUACACUCGGCAAUUCCUCCAUGAGAUGUACAAGGUGUUUGGCUCUGCUGGAGUUAUCGGUAAUCCCAUGGGAUUUGCCAGGACUCUAGGUGUAGGAAUUAGAGAUUUCUUAGCAGUUCCUGCAAAGAGUUUUUUGAAGAGCCCCACUGGACUUAUCACAGGCAUGGCUCAAGGUACUACUAGUCUUCUGAGCAAUACGGUCUGCGCACUAAGUGACGCUGCUACUCAAUUCAGUAAAGCUGCACACAAGGGUAUUGUUGCGUUUACAUUUGAUGAUCAGGCUGUUGCAAGAAUGAAAAAGCAAUUGAAGGGGGAAGCUUCACACAGUAAAGGCAUAAUAAAUGAAGUUUUUGAGGGACUUACCGGCCUCCUCCAAUCACCAAUUAAAGAAGCAGAGAAACACGGCCUUCCUGGCAUCUUCUCAGGGAUAGCUUUGGGAGUAACAGGACUAGUGGGAAGACCGGCUGCUAGUAUACUUGAGGUUACUGGAAAAACUGCACAGAGUAUUAGAAACAGAAGCAGAUUAUAUCAUAUGGGUUCGCAACAUUGUAGAGUUCGUUUUCCAAGGCCUCUAAGCAGGGAACUUCCUUUGAGGCCGUACUUUUGGGAAGAAGCUGUUGGAAUAUCGGUGCUUAAGGAAGCUGAUGAUGGCAAGCUCAAGGACGAGAUCUAUGUUGUGUCCAAAGCACUCAAGAAACCUGGUAAAUAUGUCAUCAUGACAGAGAGACUUGUGUUGGUUGUUAAGUGCCCUAAUCUGGUGGACUUGGGGAAACCUGAAUUCCGAGGGGUUGCAGUAAAUCAAGAGUGGGUGAUAGAAACAGAAAUUAGCCUGCAUAGUGUAAUCCACGCUGAUGCUGAUGAUGGGGUGGUGCAUAUUGUUGGAAGCAGUUCAGAUGCCUUGUUGAGACAAAAUCAGCAGAUGUCAAGGAAGGGUAGUGGUGGUGGGACGAGGAUGCGGUGGAAUAAUCCAUCAACUCCCCUUCCACUCUUUCAGACAAACUUGGAACUAGCAUCAGAAGAAGACACAAAACACUUUUUACGGGUUUUGCUUUCUACAAUUGAACAGGGGAAAGAGCAAGGGGGAAGUGAAUAUCUAUUGCAGAGAAGUAAUAUCAGGUAGAUUUCCAUUAUGUUAUCCUGCCUUUUUCAUCCCAGCAAAAA